GGGCUCUGGGAUGACACGUGAAAUUUACUGGAAACGACGUCAGCUGACUUCCUGAAAUCUAGGCGUCUGUUUCACUUCAGUUUUCCUUUACUUUAAGCUCUUUCGGCAGAGGACCGAGCAUUUUAAUGGACUGCACUGGUUGUCGAAGACAUGAGGAGCACUAUGGAUGAAAGCAGCAUCUCCGACCCGGACCAAAGUCCGCCUAAGAAGUCUUCAGCAGCUGCAACAGCGUCAGCCUCAUCUCUCAAUGCAGAUAAAAGAAAUCUCCUCAAGAAUCCAAAUGGAGAAGAAGGACUGAAUGGCUGGAAGAUCUUGAGAAAUGGUGGUGAUCAGUGGGUUGCUGGGGGAAUUAGGAGACCACAUCCAGAUGAAGCAGUCAAAACAAACUUUGCAACCUCUUUUGAAAUGUGCACAAAGUCACAGCUGAUUGAGUUGGAGAAGGAGGGUUACAGUCCAUCUCUUAUGGAUUACGCCCAACCAGACAUCAAGAUAUCUGAUUGGUUUCUUGCACGUUCGGACUGUGGCAGCAGAUAUGAUAUCUGGGUAGAGCUGCUGAAUGAAAAGAAGGAGCUUGUUCAGAUCUUUUCACCCGAGACUGUUUACUGUAGAGAAGGAUGUGAAGAAUGGAACCAGAUUACCCAUGUAUUCCAUAAAUAUGGCCCUGGAGUGAGAUACAUUUGAUUUACCCAUGGAGGGAAGGAUUGCAAGUGGUGGAAAGGACAUUUUGGAAUUCAUAUUACUGGCAGCAGUGUUGAAGUACUUCCAACACUAGAGGCAUAGACCGUUGGGAUGUCCCACAUUAGGUGGGAAAUUUUGAUUGGCUUUACGUUGCAGAAAUUCACAAGAAUCUCCAACAUAUACA